AUGUCAAAUGUAUCACCAGCACCAGGCAUUCAUGCAACAACAGAUAAAGCUACAAGAAUAGAAGAUGAAAAAGAUACAACAAAUCAUCCAAAACAUUCAGACGGUGCCAUCGAUCAUAGCCCAGGUGCAUAUGAAGCAGCUCCAGGAGAACCACGCGUGGAUGAAACAAUACAAGGUAGCGAAGAGGAAAACGAAUACGAUCACAAACUAGGAUAUAAAGAGAAACCAUACCCAAUUUUUGCAGGCGAUAAACCUUGGAGUGAACGUUCUUGGUGGUAUGAACUCAUACCGUUUAGAGGAAUGUAUUACGACCUUCUCAGACGGCUACCGUUUCUCCUCACGGAUUGGACAUCAGCUUUUGCUCCCCGAAAUUGGUGGACAGUUGGUCAAUACGUGAUCAGAAUGUACUUUAUCAAUCUGAUGCCAGCAAUAUCCUAUGUCUUGGAUAUGAAUCAUCGUACGAACGGCGCUUAUGGUAUCAAUGAAGUUAUUCUCGCCUCUGCAUUGGCAGCAAUCGUUUUUCCAAUCUUUUCUAUUCAACCUCUAACAUUUGUCGGUGUGACAGGUUUGAUCAACUUGGUCAAUUAUACCCAAUACGAUAUCGUAGUGCAAUACUAUGGCUUAGAUCAAAUGGACUAUUUACGUGUACAGGCUUGGUCACUAAUCUGGGCUGCUGGAUUCCACUUCAUCGUUUCAAUCUUUAACGUUUGCGACUUUACCCGCUUUAUUACGGAUAUGACAAGUCAAACUUUCGGCUUCUACGUGGGAAUUGUGUAUAUCCAAAAAGGUAUCGAACUACUCAUUCUUGAAUAUAAACCGGCUCCGCUCGAUAACGCAACCGGAUGGCUCAGUGUAACGAUUGCUAUUCUCUUUACUGUUAGUGUAUACUUGGUAUCAAAGGUUGGUCAAACAUCCUUUUUACCGUUCAAGAUACGUUAUUUCGUUUCUUCAUUUGCCUUUACUGCUGGAAUUAUCUUCUGGACCGGCUUCAGCAAUUUCCCCGAUUACAGCCUACGUCGUGUUCCUCUUGAACGCUUGCCAAUCACAAAGUCGUUUUUCCCGACCAUGGAUCGAUCUUGGUUUAUCGAUUUCUGGAAUAUCGAAUUGCGUUGGGUCUUUGUUGGUGCACCUUUGGGCUUCUUGAUCAUGAUUCUCUUCUACUUCGAUCACAACGUUAGCUCAGUCAUGGCACAAUCACGUACAUUCCCUGUCAAAAGACCCGCCGGUUUCCAUUGGGAUUUCUUCCUUUUGGGUAUCACUACGUUCGUUUCAGGUAUUCUUGGUUUACCUGCUCCCAAUGGUUUGGUUCCGCAAUGUCCAUGGAGCACCGAUUCGCUUUCUGUGUACAAGCAAGUCGAUAAGCCAAAGAACGAUGAAGAAGAAAAGCCAUUGAUCGGUGUCAAAGGCAAACAGUACACUCGUCAGCACAUUACCAAUACCCGAGUAGUCGAGAAUCGUGUUGGUCACUUGAUCGUCGGUCUAUUGACCAUCGGUACAAUGACUCGUCCUUUAUUGGUGGUUUUGGGUACAAUGCCCAGAGCAUUAUUCGCCGGAGUGUUUAUCCUUGUAGGCUGGAGUAGUAUUGAAGGAAACGGAAUCACAACACGUACACUGGCAGUGUUCCAAGAUCGUAGAAUGUCAACACAUAACGAUCCUCUACUCAAAGUGAGAAGAUCAAAAGUUGCCUUGUAUGUUGGUAUUCAAUGGAUCUUUUUCGCGCUCACGAUUGCAAUCAGUCAAACGAUUGCUGCUAUUGGAUUCCCGGUUAUCAUCGUUCUCUUGAUUCCAUUCCGUUACUGGAUCGUUCCUUUGUGGUUCUCACCUGUCGAAUUGCGACUUUUAGACGCUCCAACAGCUGACGCUGAUGUUGUCUUAGCUUCUAUCGGACAUGAAACGGAGGCUGUCACCGGUCAAGGCUUACGAGUUGCACGGGAUACAAAAAUUGCAGGCACAGAAUGGAAUGAUGAUGACGAUGAAGACUACGAUGAUGAU